UUGAUGCUUUGGCUUACUAUUUCACAAAAUCCAUCUUUCAAUACCCUAAGAAAUGAUCUUGUGAAACAAAUAGCUCUUAAAGCAAAUGAAAUAUUGGGCGGUAGAGAUGAAGACCGUCUGAAAACUUGGCUGAAGGAAAGCCUGAGAAAACACAAGUUUGCACUGUUUUUAGACGAUGUUUGGGAAACAAGUGCAACAUCCUUGUUAGAGGAGCUGUGCGUUCCUCACCCUCCACUCCACAACUCGAACAUCAUCAUUGCCACUUCCAGAAGUAAGAGUGUGCUCUCAGAGUUGGGUGUUCCACCUCCAUCAAUCAUCCAAAUGCAAGACUUGACUGAGGAUGACAGCUGGAAAUUGUUUUCUUCCCAUGCUUUUCCACACAGUGAUGGAGUUUUGCCCAUGAGCAUUGACCAGGAAAUAGCGAGGCGCAUUUGCAAGGAGUGCAGAGGGCUUCCAUUAGCAAUCAAAGUAGUUGGACAGGCAAUGGCAGGUGUUGCUCAGUCAAAUGAAUGGGAAUUUGCACUCCAGAGAUUGCAGAAUGAUGUUACGCACUCGCUUUCAAGCAAAUUGAGAUUAAGCUACGAUGCGUUGGCCGACGUGGACGGCUAUGGCAUUUCCUUGCAGUUGUGCUUCCUCUGCCUCGCUGCUUUCUCAGAAGCCGAAGUCAUCCUGGCUGGAACAGCUAUCAAGUACUGGAUUGGAGAAGGGUUGGUACCCGGGCCGGAUCCUGUCCAAAUUGGAGAGAUAUACCUCAUUUUGUUAGCAGACCGAUGCCUUAUUGAGCCAAUCCAUAAGGAUCACGACGGAAAGGUUAUCAAUUUCAGGGUUCAUGAUGUAUUGCACCACUUUUUAGCACACCAAAUUGCUGAAAAGGAAGAAAAAUGCUUCUUUCAGGCACACAGAGAUCUAGGAGAGUUUCCUGCUGAUGACUUAAAGGGGCACAUCAGAAUUUCAUUAAUGGACAACUGUUUGUCUAAGGUUCCAAAGGCAUUCGGAGCUCCCUAUAUCCGCUCCUUGCUACUGGCUGGUAAUACUUCUUUGACAAAAAUUCCUAAAGAAGUGAUUGGGAGUAUGACUGCUCUCAGGGUAUUGGAUUUGUCACGGACUGCUCUCCAGUCGUUGCCAAAAAAUGUGGGAAGUUUGAAGCAUUUAGUUUGUCUCAGAUUAUGCUCUGUUCCAGUAAAGAAACUGCCCUACUCUGUCGGAACCCUUAGAAACCUUCAAGUAUUGGAUCUUUAUCAAUCUGAUAUUACACAACUUCCAUCCAGCAUUUCUAAGUUGACUUCCCUAAAAAUUUUGGACGUUGGUUCAUGUAAACAUUUGCAGUGCAUGCCUUAUGGGAUCUCAAACCUUAGGUCUCUGAAGUAUCUGAAUACAGGCGGUUGUCGAAAUGUAGCAUGGAAGAAGUGCAGAAGAGGUCAGCUUUCUAUUAAUGAUUUGGGUACCCUAAACCAGCUCAAAUGGUUGGUGCUUACAAAUAAUGGUGAAAUAGUUCUAGAAGGAAUGCUCGGAACCAUGAAGCAGAUGGAAUCUCUAUUUUUAGAUCUCACAGAUACAGAGAAGCUCCCCCAUGAUAUGAGUGCCAUGUCUAAAUUGAGGACACUCUGGCUAGCAUGUCCUCACUUAAUUCAAAUAGAGGAUUCAUUUUGUGGGUUUAAAAAUAUGGGCUACAUUAGAUUGUUCAACUGUGGCAAGUUGAAACAACUACCUUCGUUGCAGAAGCUUGAGAAUCUGAAGCAUUUACAGAUUGUUAAGUGCCCCAACAUAAAGAAGUUCCCAGAAGAAUUCGGAAAAGGGGGAGGAUUUCCUAAGCUUGAGGUAUUUUCAGUGGUGGAGGUGGAGAAAUUAGAGCAGCUGCCAAUGGUAGACGAGGGAGCACUGCCUUCACUUAAAAUAUUGACAAUAAUGAAGUGUGAGGAAUUGCAGAGUUUACCACAGUGUUAUUGGAAUUUGAAGAGUGUAGAGAAGAUAAGAGUGUAUGGUUGCUCAAAGGUUCUUCAUAUCAUGGCAAAGGAAGAAAAAUUUAUCAAGACAAAGAGCAAAGUGAAAACAAUAACAUUAUCAAGCAUAGAAACUAAGUCAUUGUUAAAGCGCUACUAUGAUAUCCUUCGUCGGGGCGAACACUUUUAUUAUGGUGAAUUUUGGUGUAGCGAGAUGUUUCAAUUUUUGGAUAAUUUAGCUGACAGGCUGUAUCGUGUGGGGUUUUCACCCUAAAACCUGUCUCACGCCUGAAACAAGUUGUCACACGCCUGCAACAAGUUGUCUCAUGCUGUGAAACCAGUGUCCAGAAUACAAGCUCGAUUUGAUUUGAUCUCCUAAUCAUAUCAGAUUUCAAUAGCCCUAGAAUCCACUCGACUGUCAAUAGAUUGAAGGAUUGGUUUUGGUUUGUCUCAUUUUAAAAAUAUCUACUAUGGUAUGUUUACGUAAAUUUUUCUUGCAAACUCUGCCCAUUUGUCGUCGUCGGCAACAUUUUAGCGCAGGAUCUUGAGGUAAGUCACUUACCAUGGUUUGAGUGAGUUUUAUUGUUUAGAAUCUGUAUGCAGUCGGAUCAAUUUUUUGUUGUGUUUUAUUUGAUUCUAAAUCAAAUCUGUUGUUAUCUGCUCA